AUGCUAAUCCUAGCAACCGCCGUCUUCCUCUACUACACCAUAUGGACGCUCCUGAUGCCCUUCGUAGACGAAGACCACCCCCUCCAACAACUCUUCCCCCCGCGCGUCUGGGCCAUCCGCCUGCCUGUCAUUCUCAUCCUACUUGGCUCGGCGGUCGUGGGGAGCUUUCUGAGCGUUGUCAUGAUUAGGAGUAAUCGGCGGAGGGCGCUGAAGGCGAAGAAGGCGUCGUAG